GUUCAAUUUCUAGCUCAUCUUGUUCUUGUUUGAGCUUGAUCCAAAAUGACGGCUGUCGGAAUCGCCGUCGGCGGCAGUAAAAAAGAGUAUCCCGGCAACCUUACUCUGUAUGUCACUUUAACAUGUGUCGUUGCCGCCAUGGGCGGUCUGAUUUUCGGCUACGAUAUUGGGAUUUCAGGUGGGGUGACUUCCAUGGACUCGUUCUUGAGGAAAUUCUUCCCAUCGGUGUUCAGAAAGAAGCACGAGAACCAAACGACGAACCAGUACUGUCAAUACGACAGCGUGACGUUGACGUUGUUCACGUCGUCGCUUUACUUAGCGGCGCUGUUGUCGUCGUUGGUUGCGUCGACGGUGACGCGUAAAUUUGGGAGGAAAUUGUCUAUGUUGUUCGGUGGUGUCCUGUUUUGCGCCGGUGCUAUCAUUAAUGCCGCUGCUAAGAACGUUGAGAUGCUUAUUAUUGGCCGUAUUUUGCUUGGUUUUGGCAUCGGCUUUGCCAAUCAGAGCUUCCAGGAUCCGAAACAAAUGUCAUCACCAUUCAAAGUCACCAGAGGAGAAGUGACAAUGAUAAAGAGUGGAAAGGAGGGGAGUGUAAUGCUCCAAUACCUGUUACUCACAAAGAGUAACUACACGGCAUGGUUGAUCAAGAUGCGUGUCAACUUACAAGCACAAGGCGUGUGGGACGUCAUCGAGCAUGGUGACAUUGAGGAGAGUAAGGAUAGGAUGGCUUUUGCCGCCAUUUACCAAGCAGUUCCGGAGGACAUUCUUCUCAUGUUGGCAGAGAAGGAUUCGGCAAAGGCAAUGUGGGAGACGCUGCAAAAAAUGCAUGUAUGUGUCAAGGAAGCAAAGGUGCAGACCUUGAAGAGUGAGUUCGAGGCUAUCCGCAUGAAGAACGGUGAGUCAAUAGAUGACUUUUCCAUGAAGUUGACGAUAAUCGUCAGCGGCAUCCGUUCAAUAGGCGACAUGGUGGAGGAGAUCUUCGUCGUCAAGAAGUUCCUUCGAGCAGUUCCCUCAAGAUUCAUGCAAAUUGUUACCUCCAUCGAGCAGUUCGGCGACCUCAAGAAUAUGUCAGUUGAGGAGGUCGUUGGUCGUCUAAAGGUCCAUGAGGAGAGACUUCGUGGCUAUGAAGACAAAGAGGAGGAAAAACACCUCUUACUCACACAUGAAGAGUGGCUUGCACGAACAAAAAAGAAUGAUGUGGCUGACUCUUUUUUUUCAAGUACGAGGGGACGCGACAGCCAUAACAACGAAAACAAAGGUCGUGAACGUAGUCGUGGACAUGGCCGUGGACGUGGUGGCAGAGGAGGUCGUGGCAAUACCUCACAAACCUAUGACAAUGUCAACCCCUGGAAGGACAAAAAGUAUGAUUAAGUGUUACUCUUGUGGAAAAUAUGAGCACUAUGUGAUAGAAUGCAGCAAGAAGAAGCGAGAUGAGGAGGCAAACCUCACACUCAUGCAAGAUCAAGAGCCCGCAUUGAUGUUGGCCGAGAAGAUGCCCAACCUGUUGAUGCUCAACGAAGAAAAGGUUAUGGCGAAUCUUCUCACAAAAUGAGAAGAUCGAGUGGAGACCAACAUGUGGUGCCUUGACAACGGAGCAAACAACUACAUGACCGGAGAUCGAACAAAGUUCAAGGAGCUUGAUGAGAAGCUUAUUGAAAACUUGAAGUUUGGCGAUGGAUCAAUUGUACCGAUCCAAGGCAAAGGAUCUAUCUUGUUCCAGUGCAAGAAUGGCGACCAACGUUUACUGACCAAUGUAUACUGUAUCCCAAACUUGAAGAGCAACAUUAUCAAUCUUGGUCAAAUGACGGAAGAACGAAGUAGAGUGGAGUUAGUUGGCUCGUUUUUAAGAUGUUCGACAUAAAAUGGAACUUUGUUGAUGAAGGUAAAACAGUCGCAUAACCGCCUAUACAAGA